AAGAAAUAAAGAUAGCCCAAGUAAUAAUGUGAGAGUAAGUAGUAAGAACUGUUCCCCUAUCUCUGUCGCAUCUUCCGCGGCCGCCUCCUCUCUCUGUCUUCUUUCGCUUCCUUUUUCUCGUAUUCUUAUCUUUCUUUCUUCCGUAAUAAUUCGUGUUAAAUUGGUAUUGUUUUGAGCUGCUGUAGAGAUUUGGAGGAGGUGUUGCAGAAGAGACGAAAGGGAGGAGGUCGACAUGAAGAGGAGCAGAAGAUUCCAGUCUUCUUGAUGGCUUCGUCUCCUCCUGUCAAGCGCCGAGUCCACCGGGUCUCUGCCGCUUCGACUCGCGUCGGGGCCUCCAAAGCGCAAGCGGCCUUGGCUAAGAUCAUAGACAUCAUCUCCACCGUCACUGCUCCGCGUGCAGAGACCGAGGCCCCCCGCCAUGGUUGCGAUCGAGAGACCGCCCGCGGGACGCUGCCGCCGGCGAGAGAACACGGCUUCGGCGUCGAUCUGAGGCUCAGGUUGGGCCCGCCGCCGGAGGUUGGAGGAGGAUCGGCCGAGGGAGACGGCCCCACGGAGCAGAGCGACGUCGUGGACGACUCCGCGCCGGCGGACCCCGGGCGCGACGGGGAGAAGGAGGCCUCCGUUGCGGUCGCGCCUGCGUCGGCCGUGAAAGAGAACUCGUUGUCGCCGGCGGUGUCCGUUGCCGGCUGCGGCGGCGGCGCUUUAACUGCGGCGAAGAGCUCGGAGGGCGAGUGCGAUCCGGAUGAGGAGAACGGCGGAGAGAGCCACGAGGACACAGCAGCAGACGGCACCAAGGAGGCGGAUUCCGCACCACAAAAAGAAACGAAGGGAACCGAAGGGGCGGACGGCGAGAUUACCGCCACCAUCGUCAUCACCACGACCACAACCAGCAGCAGAAGAGGCCGCCGAAGCGAUGGUUGCUUAGACUUGCUGCUGGAGGCGGUUCGGCAGGUCUCAGGCGGCCUCUUUGACGACGACGGGCCGGAGGCCAAGAAGGCCAUGCCUGCUGCAGCUGGGGAGGAGAUGGCACCCGCGCCGUCGGGGAGAACAAGGAGGUCCACCGGCGACGGCGGUGGGGGGAAGAAGCGGAGGGAGACGGACGAGUGGACGAUCCCGUUCCAUGUCUACCAGGAGGACACUGCGCCGAUCGUGCGAUCGAAGCGGGGAAGGAGCCAGGCGCUGCCGUCAAGGUACCGCGACUCCAUCCUCGACCCGUGGAAGAAGUCGCCCGCCCUCACCCGCCACUCGACAGGGCGGCGCGGCCACGAGAGUGCACCUGCCGCCACCCGGUGACGUCACUGGAGCCGCACCAACGCUUUCGAGCAGACGCAGUCAUGUCUUUCGUUUUCCUUUUUCCUCCCUUCCCUUACGUAAUAAUAAUAUGUUCGCUGUUUAAUGGA